UUAUUUUUUGCCUCUCAAUGAGGAUUUUGCAGCGAUGGUGAAGGGCAAAGCAGAGGAGCGGACACUCCAGUACCAGCAAACUUUGAUGUAUGGGCGUUACACCCAGGAGCUGGGGGUGUAUGCCAAGGAGGAGGCGGCCCGGCUGCGAGAUGGAGGCGUGCCGGAUGGCGGUGGCCUGAGGAGAACCACGAGCGUUCGAACCCGCACCGCAGACCUGCUGGAGUACGAGAAAGAUCCCUGUGCAAAGUGCCAGCUGUGUGCAUCUCGCUGCCAGAAGUUCCUGAUCUCACGGGUGGGAGAGGAUUGGAUCUUCCUCAUUUUGCUGGGGCUGCUCAUGGCUCUGGUCAGCUGGGUCAUGGACUACGCCAUCGCCUUUUGCCAAGAAGCACAGAAAUGGAUGCAUGGUGGCCUGGACAGUAACAUGCUUCUGCAGUACAUUGCCUGGGUCUCCUACCCGGUGGUGCUCAUCACUUUCUCUGCAGGAUUCACUCAGAUACUCGCGCCUCAGGCUGUUGGUUCAGGCAUUCCUGAGAUGAAAACAAUACUAAGAGGAGUUGUUCUCAAGGAGUAUCUGACUUUUAAGACCUUUGUGGCUAAAGUCAUCGGUCUGACCUGCGCUCUGGGAAGCGGGAUGCCUCUGGGGAAAGAGGGACCCUUCGUUCACGUGGCCAGUCUAUGUGCUGCUCUCCUCAGCAAACUCAUGGCGGCGGUUUUCGGAGGGAUUUACAUGGAAGAGCCCUUUGAGGGAAGCAAGAAUGAGCUGAGGAACACGGAGAUGCUGUCGGCUGCCUGUGCUGUGGGUGUUGGCUGCUGUUUUGCUGCACCCAUUGGAGGUGUGCUGUUCAGUAUCGAAGUCACGUCAACGUUUUUUGCCGUCAGGAACUACUGGAGGGGCUUCUUUGCUGCCACCUUCAGUGCUUUCGUAUUCAGAUUGCUGACAGUCUCGAACCAGGAGGAAGAGACCAUCACUGCUCUCUUUAAGACACGCUUCCGUCUGGAUUUCCCUUUCGACCUUCAGGAGCUUCCCGCGUUCGCCAUCCUUGGGAUUGCUUGUGGGUUUGGGGGAGCUCUGUUUGUGUACUUGAAUCGACACAUUGUGGAGUGCAUGAGGAAGCAAAAGACCAUUAACAAGUUUCUGCUGAGGAAGCGGCUGGUGUACCCCGCCCUCGUCACCCUGCUGGUGUCCACGCUCACGUUUCCUCCUGGCUUCGGGCAGUUCAUGGCUGGACAGUUGACGCAGCACGAGUCUCUGGUCGCUCUGUUCGACAACCGCACCUGGUGUCGCCAGGGUGUAGCUGAGGAGUUUGACUACAUCAGCCACCAUCAUGCCUGGAAACACCCUCAGGUCAACGUCUUCAUUACACUCAUCCUCUUCAUCGUCAUGAAGUUCUGGAUGUCUGCCGUUGCCACCACCAUGCCAGUCCCAUGUGGAGCCUUCAUGCCCGUCUUUCUUAUCGGUGCAGCAUUUGGCAGAUUAGUUGGUGAAAUCAUGGCAACCAUGUUCCCUGAUGGCAUCCACGGAGAUGUGUAUCCUAUAGUUCCCGGUGGUUAUGCUGUUGUUGGGGCUGCAGCGCUCUCUGGUGCGGUCACUCACACUGUCUCCACAGCGGUCAUUGUGUUUGAGCUGACCGGUCAGAUCUCCCAUAUCUUGCCUGUGAUGAUCGCAGUGAUUCUGGCCAACGCCGUGGCACAAGCGCUUCAACCGUCUCUUUACGACUCCAUCAUUCGCAUCAAGAAGCUCCCAUAUCUGCCAGAGCUGGGGAUGGGACAUCACGAGAAGUAUAACAUCCGCGUGGAGGACAUCAUGGUCCGAGACGUGCGCUUCAUCACCUUGAAUUCUUCAUACAGAGACUUGCAGGAGAUGCUGCUGACUGGGCAUCUAAAAACCCUCGCCCUGGUUGAAUGUAGAGACUCCAUGAUCCUGCUGGGCUCCAUAGAGCGGCUGCAGCUCCAGUCCCUCCUGUCUCUUCAGCUGAGCCGCCAGCGGAGGCUCGAGUACCUCCGUCAGCUGGCCCAGGACAAUGGCGCUCACGAUCCCCUGGCCAGUCUGACCUCUGACAGCACCCCCAGCUCCCCUUGCGCCCACGUUCACCUCAACACUCCCACCAACACCAGUGCUCGCCAAGGUGUCCGCUUCCUGGUGAGCACCCAGCAGAUCUCCACAGAGGAGUCUUCCUCCUUCAGCCCGGUGGCUUCCAAUGCUCAGCUUCCUCUAAAAUCCGCCUUGAAAACAGUGUCGGCCAUCAGCGACGCAGAGACGCCAAACAGCUCACAGACCCUCUCCUGUGCAGAUCCAGACAACGAGCUGCUGGAGAGUCCGGCCGGGCCGGCGUCUCCUGACAAAACAAAGCCCAAGCCCAAAGGAGUGAGGAUCUCCAUGGCGGAGUCUUCUGAGGUGGAAGACUGCAUGACUCCCUCAGAGAUAGCUGAGUGGGAGGAUCAGCAGCUUGAUCAGCUGGUGGAUUUCAAGAACUGCAAGAUUGAUCCCGCCCCCUUCCAGCUGGUGGAGCAAACGUCUCUGCACAAGACUCACACUAUCUUCUCUCUGCUGGGCCUGGGUCACGCCUACGUGACAAGCAUGGGACGACUAGUUGGAGUGGUUUCUCUCAAAGAGCUGCGUAAGGCCAUCGAGGGCUCGGUCACAGUGACUGGAGUGAAAGUGCGCCCUCCACUGGCCAGUUUCCGUGACAGUGGGAACAGCACAAGCGUAUCUGAGGUAACAGAACUACACAAGCUGUGCAUGCGUCACAGAGGGCUGUCCUUGCCACGGGAACCUAAGCCUCCGAACGCGGCGAAAAAGCUGGACCUUUCGUUCAAAGACGUCCCCGUCAGCUUUUCAGACAAGACUGAUUUGCAGUUUGAGAACAGUGAUAACCAGUUGUCAGAGCUCGUCCUUCAAGAAAGCCCCUCAUUCACCGAGGACCAAUCAGAGUUUACUUUUGACUGUAGCCCCUCUCACACUGAGGAGUCAGAGCUGGUCUGUGACCAUGACCCCGCCGACCCCACGCCAGCGCCGGACGAGGUGGAACAAGAGCACAGGAGUCCGACUCUAAACACGGACCAAUCAGAACCUGGGGGAGAGGGUAGCACUGUCCACAUCAAGGACCAGUCAGAAUGCUAACCUAAAGCUUAUCUAUACUGUCGCCUCAUAAAUGUAUCUGUUUCUUAAAUUUGCAUCAGUCCAGCCUAGAAACUUGUGUUUAUAACCCAGUGAUGUGAGCCAAUGUCUGUUGAUAGGAGAGGGUCGGUUUUAUUUUAUUUUAUUUUUUUUAACCAUCAACAGAUCUUUUAUGAAAGACCAAAUAUUUCUAUAUUUUCAACAAUGUCCACAUCACAGUUUGUUUAUCGUUGUAAAACAAGGAUGGUCCCAGACA